GCAACCCGAUGUCAGUUUUCAGCCACCAAUAGCGCGCAAAGCGAGGUGCCCGCACGAGAGUUUCGAAGACCGGACAAGUUCAGCCGAUGCACUUUAAGUGAACCUUUUUUUCCUCUGGACGUGACGUUCCUGGCGUUUUCUGGGUCGUGGUAUGGCAGAGAAAAGGCGUUCGCCGUGUACAAUGAGUUUGAAGGCUCACGCGUUCUCGGUGGAAGCCCUUAUCGGCGCGGAGAAGAAGCGAAAGUUGGAAGAGGAUGGUGAAAACGGCCUCGAGGAAGUGACCGAAUUAUCGGAUCAAAACGAGAGCGUUCAGCAGAAGGCGGAGAGAACGUGUAUCGCAAACAGAGCUUGCGACACAGACUGUGCCAGUGAUGGAUCCCCAGAUUGUGAGGACGUGUUGUCCGAUAGCCCUCGCCCUGCCUCGCAGUCCUCCGCGCCUGUCCUCGCGGCCCAGGCCGGCUCGGCGCCUGCAGAAGAGAUGCGCGUGGACCUGCAGGGAUCAGACUUAUGGAAGCGGUUCCACGAGAUCGGAACGGAGAUGAUCAUUACAAAAGCUGGAAGGCGGAUGUUUCCAGCCAUGCGCGUGAAAAUCUCCGGCUUAGAUCCGCAUCAGCAGUAUUACAUCGCGAUGGACAUCAUCCCCGUGGACAACAAACGCUACAGGUACGUGUACCACAGUUCAAAGUGGAUGGUAGCCGGAAACGCGGACUCGCCUGUCCCGCCGCGGGUCUACAUCCACCCGGACUCCCCGGCCUCCGGAGAGACAUGGAUGCGGCAAGUCAUCAGCUUCGACAAACUGAAACUCACCAACAACGAACUGGACGACCAAGGGCAUAUAAUCCUGCAUUCGAUGCACAAGUAUCAGCCAAGGGUACAUAUCAUCCGCAAGGAGUGUGGGGAGGAUCUCUCUCCGGCGAAGGCCAUCCCAGCCGGAGACGGAGUGAAUGCGUUCUCCUUUCCGGAAACCGUUUUUACUACCGUGACAGCAUACCAGAAUCAACAGAUCACAAGGUUGAAAAUAGACAGAAAUCCGUUUGCGAAAGGAUUCCGAGACUCUGGACGAAAUAGGAUGGGACUGGAGGCUCUGGUGGAGUCCUACGCGUUCUGGAGACCGUCUCUGAGAACUCUGACGUUUGAAGAUAUUCCCGGAAUGGCAAAGCAAGGCGGUCCGGGGCACGGUCUCCUGCAGGCCUCCCCCAACGGCCUGACGUCGGCCCACCCCCUGCUCUCCUCCUCCCCCUGCUCGUCUCCCGCCUUCCACCUGGGCCAUGGCGGCGGGGCGCAGCUGUGCAACCUCAGCCCGGCCGUGGACUACUCCUCCUGCGGCCGGCCGGGCCUGGCGCUCAACCGCUACGGCGGGGGCCUGGCGGAGACGUACGGCCGGCUGGGCGACGGCGGCGGGUUCUCGGCCCCGCGGAGCGGGCCCUACGGCGGGAACGUCGCCGCGGCGACGGCGGGGGCCGGGGCGGGCGGCGGGGACCCCGGGGACGCCUUCGCCUGCGCCCAGUCCGGGAUUCCCAUCGGCAUUCCCGGGAUGCCGUCGCCCCAGCUGCAGUACGUGCUCCCGGGGUCUCCCGGGAACGCCUUCUCCGUCAACCAGGGCCCCCAGGGGACUUACGGCGGCUUCCGGCUGCACAGCCCCUACGGCCUGUACGGAUACAACUUCUCCACCUCCCCGCGGCUCGCCGCCAGCCCCGAGAAGAUCGUCUCCGCCCAGGGCGCCUUCCUAGGCUCCUCCCCCAGCGGCACCAUGACGGACAGGCAGAUGCUCUCGCCCGUGGACGGUCUGCACAUGCUCAGUGGCGGCGGACAGCAGAACCUGUUCGACUCCAGGACUUUGGGUCUGGGCAGCCUGGGGGCCACGACGGCCUCGCAGGUCUCCGCCCACAUGGUGUGAGGCUCCGCCCUCGCGCUUUGAGGUGCCGCCCACAUCGUGUGAGGCCCCACCCCCCGCGGUAUGAGGCUCCGCCCAUGUUGUUUGAGGCCCCGCCCAUGUUGUUUGAGGCCCCGCCCAUGUGUUGUGAAUCCCCGCCCACAUGGCGUGAGUCUCCUCCUCUUUCCGCUGUGGUCAUGCUGGUACGUUUUGCUUCCUCUUGGUUACCGUUACUGGUUAUUGUAGUUUUUCUUUUUUUAAAGGACUGCAGCAAUACUUCAAAUAUUGACUUGAGUAGGCAGAACAUUUCUAAAAACUGGCAAAGUGCUGCUUCGUCGGUCAGAAAUGGAUUGAAUACGAGUAGUGAGUGAGAGAGGGAAAGAGGGA